AUGGGGCCGCGGUGGCUGCUGCUCUGGGCCGCGGCGCUCGGUCUGUGCAGCCCCCUCGUGUCGGCCCGCAUCCGAGGCCCCAGACCAGAGACAGAAGCAACAAAUGGUACUGUAGGUCCCCGGUCUUUCUUUCUCAGGAAUUCCAAUGACGGAUAUGAACAAAUCCCACUGCCAGAGGACGAGGACCCGAGUGAAGGUGAAUUCACAGAAGGCAGGAUAAGCCCAGGAAACAGAAGCAGCCCUCCCCAAAAGUCACCCCCUGCGUUUAUCUCCAAAGCUGCCUCGGGAUAUCUGACCAGCGCCUGGCUCACUGUCUUUAUCCCCUCGGUCUACACGGGCGUGUUCCUGGUCAGCCUUCCGCUGAACACCAUGGCCGUCAUGGUGUUCGUCUUGAAGAUGCAGGUCAAGAAGCCGGCCGUGGUGUACAUGCUGCACCUGGCCGUGGCAGACGUGCUCUUCGUGUGUGUGCUUCCCUUCAAGAUCAGCUACUACUUCUCCGGAAGCGACUGGAGGUUCGGGCCUGCCCUGUGCCGCUUCGUCACGGCGGCCUUCUACGGGAACAUGUACGCCUCCAUCAUGCUCAUGACGGCCAUCAGCGUCGACCGCUUCCUGGCCGUGGUGUACCCCAUCCAGUCGCUCUCCUGGCGGACGCUGGGGCGCGCCGCCUUCAUCUGCCUGGCCAUCUGGGCCGUGGCCAUCGCGGGGGUGGCGCCCCUGCUCCUGCAGGAGCAGGCCACCUACGUGCCGGGGCUCAACAUCACCGCCUGCCACGACGUGCUCAGCCAGGAGCUGCUGGAAGACUACUACUCGCACUACUUCUCCGCCUUCUCCGCCGUCUUCUUCUUCGUGCCGCUGAUCCUCUCCACCGUCUGUUACGUGUCCAUCAUCCGAUGCCUCAGCUCUUCCGCGGUUGCCAACCAGAACAAGAAGUCGCGGGCUUUGCUCCUGUCCGCGGCUGUGUUCUGCAUCUUCAUCCUUUGCUUUGGACCCACAAACGUCCUUCUGCUUCUCCACUACGCGUUCCUUUCCCGUGACUCCAUGACAGAGGCCGCCUACUUUGCCUACCUCCUGUGUGUCUGUGUCAGCAGCGUAAGCUGUUGCAUCGACCCCUUGAUAUACUACUAUGCUUCCUCGGAGUGCCAGAGGCACCUCUCCGCUGUCUUACACUGCAAAGAAAGUUCGGAUCCCAGCAGCUGUAACAGCAGCGGUCAGCUGAUGCCAAGUAAAAUGGACACCUGCUCUAGCAACCUGAGCAGCAGUCUAUACAAAAAGCUCUUAACUUAGGAAAAGGGACUGACAGUGAGUUAAAAAGAAAAUGUUAAAAAAGCAAAUCACCUGAGGAUUCAACUUCAUCCCUGACCCAAAAAAAAAAAAAAAAAGUGUUUCCUUCACCAUCCAAAACAACAAACUUGUGAUUUAUGUGCCUCCCUACGAGAGCUUGUAUAUUUGUUAGUUUCAGACAAAAGUAACAGGAAUAGAAAACAUUAUUCCAAGAGAGCAUUGCCAGUGUUACCACAAGAACUAAGCGUCUCUGCUUUCAUAUAUUUACAUGACAUUAUAUGUGUGUAUGUGUGAAUUGAUACGCAUGUACUUAUAUCAUUUGCAGUACAGUAUAAAAUAGGCACUUUGAAACCCUCUCUUUUUUCACCAGAGACUAUGGAAAUAAACUCUGAUUUUCUGAUUUAACAUGCAGUUUAGGUUGGAGUUUAACUCGGAACAUCUGAAGAAGUCAUUCAGUAGUGAGGGAUUCUACAGUUUGGAGUUGCACAGCUUUUGCAAAUAAAUGUAUUUUUAAAUUGUUCAACAGCAGUGUUUAAAUUGUUGAGGGAUGAGACUUAGUACUAGCUGUGUGUAGAGAAAGUUCUUUUGUUUUUCUUGUUAAAUAUAUCGAAGUUUGAAUUCUUAAAAUUAUUAAAGCGAGUGAAAACACAUGAUGUGGGUAGCAUUUUUGCUGUUUUCCACGCCAUGUGUGUAAACUGAGAAUGAGCAGAAGUCCCACCAGUGACCUGAGGUUGGCUUUCAAAGCGUCUUGCCCUCCUCCCCCAGAUGAAGGACUCCGGGCAGUAGAUACAAGCCAGGGCCACGUGUUUGCUAUCCUCUGCUGGGAUUCCCUCAAGGGUCGGCCGUGAGCUUAUGUUUAUUAGAAGUUGGUGGAGUAGGAUGUGCCAUCCCAAGAGAUAAUGAAUGUAAAGGACUUCCCUGCCUAUUUUAAGAAUGGAGAAGGAAGGCACGUCUGUCUGCAGCAGUUAGGCUGCAAGGGUCACAGUCAGAGCUACAGAGCAAGCAUGGACAGUCAUCGCGUGCUCUAGGCACGCAUGGGUGCUGGGCAGACAGAGUGGAGUCAGACUGAAACCUACUUUCGAGAAUAACAAAGUGGACCAACACACAGUCGACAAGUGUUAAAGAAGUGCAUCAAUAUGUAAAGAAGUGCGUUUAGCCAGAUGUCACCAGGCAAUGCCACAUAAUCGAGCCUGCCGGGUGAAGAACUUUGAACAUUUGGUUACUGCUUCCUGUGGUUAUAACUUGAGACGAAAACAUAAUAUAUUACAGGAAGCAUGUUUUUAAAAAUAAGUCCUUCAGUCACAGAAUAUGAAAUGUUCUAUUAUAGUGUUAUUCAAGGAAGAUAAUUAUAAAUUCUGUAUAUAAUAUAAUCAUCAGUCUAUGUAUCAACAUAAGCAAAGUUGUACAUAAACGAUUGAAAAAAAUAAAACAUCAACUAAGGAUAAAAAGUAAGUCCUUCAGUCUGACUUAAUUGGACGCUAUUUACCAAUGUUUUGUUCAGUACAUACUCAAAUCAGAUUUUUUAAAAAGCAUUAAUUAUGUCAGAUUAGAAAUGGCAGGAGAAAUAGAAUUGACUUUGAAAUCUAGGAAAAUAGUCUCCAUUUUUUCCAUUCACUUUUCUUAAGAGUUAAUGAAAUGACUUUAAAAGCAUUUUUUAACCCUAUGAUGAGUAUCAAGUAUAGAAUAUCCUCAUGUAUUUAGCAAAAUAAUUAAAAAUAAUGUUGAUAUAUGUCUUUUUUCCUUAUGAAAAAAUGUUGACAUUUUAAACAAACAGAAAGCUGUAAGACAAGUGCUUACCUAUUCAAAAGAGCAAACUGUUUCCAAAUGCUAUUGAAUAAUUUACAUAAAAGUAUGUAUUGUAAGUAAAAGUUAACAUUGUUUUUAUUAAUUUAGUUACUAUAUUCAUUUGAUCUAAUUUAGUGAAGAUAUACUGUCACUGUUUAUUCAUUGUUUAUAU